UCCCUAACAGGCACAGCUUGGCGAGUGUCCCCCUCAAGCUGGCACACAGGUCAGGGUCCUCACUAGCUGUUAUCUUUUUCCUUCAAGCUGCUUCCUUGGGGAACCAUUCUUUCCUGGGUUCACGGAAGACUUGAGCUCCCUCCAGGGAGGUCUAAGUUACACUCAUUGGGGCCACAGUUCUGAAGCCAGUAGAGGAUGUUUGCUCAGAGCCCGAGGGAGGGGAACUUAGUCAAUGAAAUCAGUACCUACCGAAACACAGGUCCUGGUUUUACAUAUGAACUGGGUCUAAAUAUUCCCCCUCCCCUUACCAGAAAGUCUUGAGAAAUUUUCCAUCGCUGCCUCUGGCUCCCCUUAUUAAUCACCAGUACCAGCUCCAUUAAGAGCUGAGUGUUUUCCCUUUCUAGUUUAUGAGAGGCUGUCUUCUAUCCACCUCUUCAGACAUAAAGAAAUGAGCCUCUUUCAAAAAAAAAAAAAAAAGAAAAGAAAAGAAAAGCAUUUGUUUCACAUCUGUAAUUUGUGGCUCUCUGUGUGGAGACUCUCUCCUUAACAGAAAACAUUCCAGCCUGUCCUGGACACAGUCGGCUCCAGAGUUCUCAACAAUGUUCAUGGUAGUAGGUAGAAGAAGCAUGCAAAACGAGCUGGGUGUUUCUGCAGGUCUGUGUAUUGGUUAAUGAGGAAGGGACUGCUGCACACACAGGCCACCACCCGACAGAGGAAGGUAAAGAACCAAGACCGUCCUUUGUCCAGUGUUGUGCCUGUACCCAGGAAGUUUCCAGUCACAUAGCCCGAGAGGAGACAGCAGAUGUCAGAGAACCAUCUCAUGCUCCCACCAUGACCUGACGGAGAAACACUGCUGAGCAGUGAGCACAGGCGACUUCGGGAGCUGGCAGCUCGGGCUGGUGCUGCUGCAGGAGAGGGGUUAGACAGGGCCCCUCAGGAAGCAGUGGGCUGGAGCAGUGCCCCAGGAAGGGGGGUUCCCACAAAGCCUAGGAGAUGAGAGGACCCUGGCGCACAGGGAGGUCAGUGUCUUCAGAGAGGGAUGAUCACGCCGGGACCUCUGGGUCAUUUUGAUAGCCCAAACCACCUUCUAAAGAUGAACAAAAGUCACUAGGGAAUUCAAGCAAGAAAAGUAAAAUUCAAAUCUAUUUUUCCCUUAAAAUAUUUUUACUUUAUGUGUAUAAGUGUUUUGAUUUCAUGUAUAAUAUGUAUGUGUACAUGUAUGCAUAUGUGUACCGUGUGCAGGUCUGGUUCUCCAGGAGCCAGAAGGAGGCAUCAGAUCAUCUGAAACUGGACUUAAAGACAGUUUUGAGUGCCAUGUGGGUCUGGAAACUGAACCCUGGCUCUUUGUAAAAGCAGCAAGCGCUCUUAGACCCUCAGCCACCUUCUUCCUCAGCUCCAUGCGCUGCUAGAAUAGGGUGCUCAAAGCAUUGACAAAGUGAAAGAGUCAAGAGACAAUGGCAGCCCAGUACGAUGGUGUGGGGUCCACAACCAGAAAGCCCAGGACCGGCUAUGAACUUGGAGACCAAGUCCAGGAAAAUUCCCAACUGAGAAUUGUCUUACUGGGGAAAACGGGAGCAGGAAAGAGUGCAACAGGGAACAGCAUCCUCAGGGAAAAGGUGUUUCCUUCUGGCAUUUGUGCAAAAUCCAUUACCAAGGUCUGUGAGAAAGGGGUGAGCACCUGGGGUGGGAGAGAGCUUGUUGUCGUGGAUACGCCUGGUGUUUUUGACACUGAGGUACCAAAUGUUGACACGCAAAAAGAGAUUGCUCGCUGUGUUGCCCUGACCUCCCCAGGGCCUCAUGUUCUACUCCUGGUGGUCCCAUUGGGACGUUACACCGUGGAAGAACAUAAGGCUACACAGAAGAUUCUAAGCAUGUUUGGAAAGAAGGCUAGAAGAUUCAUGAUUCUCUUGCUCACCAGGAAGGAUGACUUGGAAGACACCGAUAUCAGUGAGUACUUAAAUUCAGCUCCUGAAGUCAUUCAAGAGCUGAUCCGUAUGUUCGAGGAUCGCUACUGUUUGUUCAACAACAGAGCGUCAGGAGCUGAACAGGAGGAUCAGAGGGCACAGCUGUUGACCUUGGUCCAGCGCAUGGUGAUGGAAAAUGGAGGAAGAUGCUUUACCAACAAGAUGUAUGGAAGUGCCGAGAAAGAGAUUCAGAAACAAACCUGGGAGAAGCAAGAGCAAUACAGACAGGAGCUGGAGAGAGAGCUAGCGCGGAUAAGAGAUGAGUAUGAGGAGCAGAUUAGAGACCUGAAAGAUCAGCUGGAGAGGGAGAGGAGAAAGGCUCAGAUGGAGAGGGAGUUCACCAGAACAGAGGCUUACUACACAGAGAGGCAGCAAAAUGCUAGGAGGGAAGUGGAGAACCAACGUGGGCUAUUUGAAAUGAUCUUAGAAAUAUGGAGGGUUGCUCGCUUUAUUAUUAGUCAGUUUAUGCAAGAUGACUAAGACCUGGUCUGUAAGACUAGAACUCAUCUGCUUUCUGCGUUUGUUCCUGAUAACCCUGCCCACCCCUCACUGUCCAAAUGCUCUGCUUUCCGUCCUCCAGAACUAAGGAGUAAAAGGCACCUUUGGCAGUUGGCAGAUGUUCAAUUGACUUAGCAAAGAAACCGACCAAUUCUCUAGUACAACUCAAAUCAGAUGUAUUAAUGCUCGCCACCCUGUGUUCUUCCUCAGAGAAAGUCACCCAGGAGCCCCCAGGAGAUAACUGUAAGAUGUUCCCAUUCGUCCUCCUCUGGAUUCUCAACUAUAAUCUUCACCUGCAGCUUCUAUACACUGCUGCUCAGGUUUUUCGACAAGAGUCUUCUAUGUUCUACUAG